CCAUCUCCAACACCAUCUUUCAUCUCUCACUUAUUCAUUCAUAUCUUUUCAAUGGCAACUGUUGAGGUUGAAUCAGCUGCAAACACUUUUCCGGAAAAGGUGGAGAACAUCCCGGAAGCACCAAAAGAAGUAGAGCCGGUGGUCGUUGCACCACCUGCAACGGAGGAGGCGACGGAAGAAGCCAUUGCCGACGAUCCACCAGCAGUGGAAGAGCCGGAAACCGUGGAGGCACCGGUGAAAUCGGAGACCAAAGUGGUGGAGGAGACUGAAACUGAGGUAGAAGAAGAACCAAAGACAGAGACGGCUCAAGAACAAGAAGAGGUGAAGAAGCCAGCUGAGGAGGAAACUCCGGUGGAGGUGACGGCUGAGGAAGUUCCGGAAAACACUCCGGCAAAGGUGGAAGAAGAGACUCCGGCGGCGGAGGAGGCCGAAAAGGCUGUGGAGGAAGAUGAGAAGCCGACGGCAGUAGAGGUGGUUGCCACCACUGAAGUUGCAGCACAGGAAUAGAGGGUGGUCCAAAAUCAAAAUUUCCAUUUUUAGCAUGGUCAAAGUUUGUGUAAAAGCCAAGUGGCAAGAUAUGAUUGGAUGAAAAGAAGUGGGCACCACUUUGGUUUUUUAUUUAAUUUCUAAAUAAUUUCAUAUAUGCUACUUGUUUCUUUAUUAAGCA